AGUGCAUCUCUCUGCAUCCCCGUAGGCUCUUCUAAACGCUAUACGCUAUACGCUAUACAUUAUACACUAACUAUACACUAUAUACACAGGUGCGGCAAGGUCGAAUGUGAUGUCAUCUCCACUAUAACAUUGCAUACAUUAGUAUACCUACCUAGGUACGUUAGUGUUGUAAUACAUACUAAUAUCAUGUUACUUUUUCUCUUUUUUCUUAUUAUUACAUCCAUGUACAUAUACUACUAUAGUAUGUGCAUACACACUAGUGUAGUGUAGGUAUGGUAUACAUUUGCUUUUUCCUCUGUUCUAUUUUAAUAUCGCGGGGGUGUGGCGCACACACACAAACACACACAUAUACAACAUUAACUACAUACACUAGACGAUAUCAACUUUCCGCCCGGCAAGGUUCGCAACGGAAUAGCUCCGUCUCUUACCCCAGUAAGUACAUACCUCCAGAGUAAUCUUGUACUAGGUACCGGGGGUGUCUGGACUGACCCAAAGCUCUACCACUCUCGGUAUCGCUUCUGUGCCCAACUUUUGAUCACACGCGCUUGGGUGCAGAGAACGAAAGGAAAAAAAAAAAGUUCUCUAGCACCCCUGCACUUGAGCCUCAAAUUACUCGGCCGAGCAGGAUGGCCCUCACGAGCCGCAUCUCCCUUCACGGUCCUCCAGCUUCAGAUCCCGAGGACUACCUCAGUUCUUCCUUGGGCAUCAUCUUCCCGGAUGAUGUGACGAACCAGCAUGGCGACGCGGAGCACUCGCUGCUAUACACGUCGCCGCACCUACCCAAGCCCCUGCACAUCGCCCUCGCGGACCCGGACCGGGAGGCCGAUCGCAAACUCUUUAGCCACUACCUGUGGAACGCGAGUCUGCUGCUUGCCGAGCUCGUCGAGGCCGGCACCCUUGGCUUGCCCCUCGAUGUCGGUUUGCGCCGGCUCCAGCCCGCCGCCUUCAAUGUCGCUAGCCUUGAGACACUUGAGCUCGGCGCCGGUACCGCGCUGCCUAGCCUAAUGGCUGCUCUGCUCGGGGCCAAGGGCGUGGUCGUAACCGAUUACCCCUCCGAAACUGUCUUAGAUACCCUGCGUAAGAACGUCGCGGCCAAUGCCAAGACUGAGAACUCGCCCGCCGGCUCCCUUGCACCGCUAACAGCCGAGGGCCAUGCAUGGGGUGAGUUAGAUACGCCUUUCGCAGCAGAACAUCGGGGCCGAUUCGACCGUGUCUUCGUGUGCGACUGCUUGUGGAUGCCGUGGCAGCACACCAACCUGCACAAGUCCAUUUCAUGGUUCCUCAAAGACUCCCCGGACGCUAGAGCCUGGGUUGUUGCUGGGUUUCAUACGGGGCGCGCCAAGAUGCGUGGUUUCUUCGAGGAUGAUGCCCUUGCGGCUGCCGGGCUUGAGGUCGAGAGUAUAUGGGAGCGUGACUGCGACGGCGUUGAGCGCGAGUGGGUCUGGGACCGCGGCCAUGAAGACAUUAGUAUACGGAAGCGGUGGUUAGUCGUCGGUGCACUGCGGCGAAGAGCGUCGGUAGUUGAAGGGUGAGGGUCUUUGGAAUGUCUACUAGCGCUGAGACCUUAAUGGCCGGAUCGCGAGUUGCGGGCUAUCGUCGCCAGAGUUAUAUACUCUACGUCUCCGAGAGCCUCAUAGAUAGAUGGUAAGGUGACGCUGUCCGCCGUUCGCCUAAUCAAUGCUAUAAAUCUGGUCUAUGUAUGGCAAUGGACAUGGAACUGGGAUACCGAGGCGGUACUAAGCCAGCUAUCGAGCAGCAAGACCCUUAUACUAGGUACGAAUAGAUACCUACCUACCUAAAGUCUCGUGGGCAAGAUGAUCUAAGACGUUGAUCUAUCAUAGCUACCUCUUAGAUAUAUCAAGCUUGAAAGAUACACGAUUUUUACAGUCCAGAAUUUAGUUUAGACAGAUGCCUAAUAAGAAAGAUUGUAAAUAGGUUAGGUACCUAACCUAUCCACG